AUGAUUCAGGAUACUGGAUUAGGACAAGAAAUGUUUAUUUCUGCCUAUGAAAAAUUAGAUCCUAAUGGUAAUAAGAAACUCCAAUGUUACCGUUAUACAGAUGAUGAUAUCGAGUCGGAGUUCAUCGACACCAACAUCCCAAACCAGCACUUGUCUGAACGUACUCUUGUCUAUUGUGUUUCUCCUCCCGGUGAAAACACAUGGUCUUCAGAUCCCUUAGUAAAUAGUAUGGAUAAGCUUGAAUUGAAAGAAACAAACACAAUGACAGCAAAGAAGUUUCCUUUACCCAAUAUAGAUCACACUUAUUCUAUUGUCAAAUUCUAUAACGACAUGGCAGAGACAGUACGAGUAGGACAAUUGAUUGAAAUCAUUGGUAUUCGUGGUCAAAACUUACCAAAGAAUGAACAAACUGGAUUUGAAUCUGCCUUGGAUUCGUUUGCCGAUGUCCCUGUCUUACACGCCAUUGCAUACAAUCCAGUUCAACCUACUACAGAAUCUAUUCUUCCCUUCAACCCAGAGAUUCGUGCUUCAUUAAUCGAUUAUAUUGCUUCUGCCACCAAAGAUACAUUAGCAGCAGAAUUCAUCUUGUUACAGCUCUUGUCCCGCGUUACUGUCAAGAACAGAGGAUUAAAGAUUGGUCACUUUACUUUAAAUAUUGCUGGAUUUCCUACCCACCAAACGACCGAACAGGAUAAAAAGGCACCUUUACUCAACUUGAACAACCCAGCAUCCAAAGCGCUGUCCGAUAUCCUUGAUCAAUUAAACCCUCACACAGUACAACUUCCUUUAACGAUUGCUGGACUCAACAAGACCCGAUUCAGCCCUAAAAGUAUAAAUGAAAAUUUGGAAGCGGGCUUAUUGCAAUUGAUUGAUGGCACAGUUGUGUUAGUGGAUGAAACUGUAUUGGAUGAAGGGCAACUUGUGGAUCCCGGUGUACGUAAUUUCCAGGCACUCCAAGAUUUAAUUCAAAACCAAACUUUAAAGUAUGAAUUUCCUUACAGUCAAUAUGAAUUUGAUACGGAUUUAAACAUUCUUACAUUGUCCAAUACCAAAUCCAUGCUCCCCAACCAUUGCUCUAUUCGUAUCGUCACAAAUCCGUCCAUUGAGAAUUCUGUACAACCUACAGACGAAACACUUGAUCGUUACAGACAAUUUAUCCAUUCCGCCAAAUACGCAUCCUAUGAUAUUCCUGAACAAGUAUCCGAGUACAUUCAAACUUCAUUUGUCAAUGAACGUAAAGCUGCUACUGUCAAUAAGACAGAAUUACCCACUCAAGAAGAAUUAAUGCUCCGUAUGAAUUUAGCAAGAUUGGUUGCCGUAUCCUUUGGUGAGACCAGUCUUACGGAAGAAAGAUAUGAUCAUGUCAUUUGUCUCGAUAAACAACGCAAAGAGAGAGAGAGAUAA